ACCAACAGGUGUUAAUUGUCACACUUUGGAGUUGAUUCUGCUAUUCGCUGCUCACAAUCAGUUACGUUUUCAUCGUCUUCAAGUCAUCACCUAAAAUCAAAAUGUGUAAGAUUGCAAUUUCAUUACUGGUGAUUGUUAUCGCCAGUCAAGCGGCCAGUCUUCCCACAACCGAAGUACCAUCUCAGCCUAGUGAAUCGGAGGCUACACCAUCCCUUCCAACGAGUACUGCCAACAAAAGUGAGACCGAUCCUCAAGAUUCGAAAGUAUCACCGGCUGUUGUCAUCAAUGCACAAUCGUUCGAUUUAGCCGUGUUCCAGGCCUUGACGAAUAGGACCAAGCGUGCUGCGGCUAAGGAAGCGUCAACAACGACGACCACUACUCCCAAGGAAGGUCUUUUCCCUUACGGGUUUAAUUGGAAUAGAUUCUGAGCAGUUUCUAAUUGUGUUUUAAACAAUAGUUUAGAGCGGAAAGCGGAAAUAAAUAUUGGUUACGGACAGUACUCCAAAAACAAGGUCGUUGAAGCUCAGUAGAACUUUGGACCUCAACAAAAUCAACACAUUUAGUCAGAUAUUUACUCGAUUUAUUAGCACUUUUUUAAUGUCAUGCUCAAAACCAGCAGCAUUCAGCAAAGCCACAUAUCGGGUGACAUUGCAACUUUUCAAGUCACAUGUCACAUGUUGAAUAAAAUCAUCCAAAUUAAAUAUAGAUCGCGACAAAAAGCGUCAGCCAAUUGCUCGAUAAUCUAUUUUCCUGCUCAAACACGCCAAUGGCCUGUUGACCCCCCUCUCCCGCCACCCCAGACGACGAACCAAUAGCACCUUCGGCUCCUUGCCCUCACUUCGUGUGUCAGUCUAGGCCAGUGUGAAAAACCACAUCGUCAUGAAGCAAACCUCGAUAAAAUCGAUAUAAAAUAUUCAUUCAGUUAUAAUACAAUAUUUGUGGUGAACUUGGUCAACUAAAAACUGCUUUCCGAUGGCAUGAGUACUGUUGUACUGGUAGCAAUUUACCACUGUCGCUUGGGCAGUGCUUCUCAAUUUAUAUGACAAGAGUACCCCGGUAUAUUAACCUUC